AUGGAUCUGCUCAGGGGUAAUGCAGUGGGCUGGAGGAUAUCGUUUCUCAUAGCGGCUGGUGUUGACCUGACCGCGUUAAUCACAUUUGCGCUAUUCGCCAAAGGUGAACUACAGGAAUGGGCGAAGGAGGAGGAACCACAACAAACGAUGCAAGAUAUCGUCCGAAGACUAUCAAGCAUGAUGCGCCGGAUGUCAUCAAGCCAACGAUCCAAGACCUCAUCCGUCCGACAUCAGCGACUCCAGGAAGAGGAUGAAGAGAAGUGCAAAAAACGAACUUCGAGGCCAACAAUUGACGAGGAGGAUGAAAUACCACAGUCGGAACAGGUGAAUAAAUUCAAGCAAUUAUUAACAAACAGAUUUUGA